AUGUGCCAGUACGGGCGAACGGUGUUCGCGUGCAACCACUCGCAGGUGGGCACGUCGCGGGUGCAAGCGUGCACGGCGCAGCAGGAGUUCGAGUCGGGGCAGCGGGCGGAGCCGUGCGAGGCGGCGACGACGCACGCGCUGAUGAGCGUGCGGGUGCCGCGAGCGUGCGUGGCGUGCGCCGAGCGCAAGGCCGCGACCGACCGCAAGUUCGAGGUCGUGCGCCACCACAUGCUCGAGCUGCGCGGGCAGCUCGAGCGCCUGUACGACGGGUGCGUAGCGCAGGUCGAGGGGGGAGGCGAGGCGGAGAGCGAGGGGGCGAAGAAGACGAACGGAGAGGGGAAGGGAGAAGAGGCAGCAAACGGCACAAACGGCACGAAGGAAGAGAGAAACAAGGAGGGAGGAAAGGGGAAGCGAGCCGUGGGUGUGAACGGUAAGCGCCCCGACCGAGACUCGGCCCCGGGUUCGGCCCCGGACGCGGGCUCGGGCACGGAUUCGGGCGCGAGCGUGGAUCCGGUCGCGGAAUUCCUGCGCAAGAAGCGGAUGGAGCCCUACGCGCAUCUCAUGAUGUUCUCGGAUUACCUCAGAUGA